AUGGUCAUGACAACUAAUCGUUUUAAUAGUGGUAGUACUAGUUCAAUACCAUUAAAUAACAACGAUUUAUCGAUAUAUUCGUAUGAAUUCAUGAUCGAUGAUAGGAAUCUAGGAGGAACAUUACAUUUUGAUUUUGAAUCACGAGUGAUGUCGUCUGUAUCUGCGAAUGUAAAUAUUAGUGUACAUGGAUGUUUAUCCAAGUAUCAACCGCGUACAUAUGCGACUUGUGAAUCACCUUUUAAAAUCCUCAUCGAUAAAAAUUCGAUCACAAUGAAAUCGUUUCCAUAUCCAGAAAUGGGUUUCUGGUAUUUAACAUUAGAAUACAUCUGUACUGGUUCGGAAUCGGAAUGUGGAAACAGUUCGUUAUCGUUGAUGUUUCAAAUCUCAUCAUCGCAGUGUACGAAACAACAAUGUGGAGCAUAUGGUGUCUGUCGAAUAUUAACAUCGCAACAAAAUGUGUUUUCCACAUGCUCGUGCCUUGCUGGUUAUCGCGGCUAUGGUUGUACAGAUGACAGUCAUGCAUAUGCAUCGAAAAGUUUAGCUAGUGUUCUCUUUCUAACACUCAGCAAUUGCAUGUUUAUGCCAGCUAUCGUCUUGGCAGUUUACCGACGUUUGUACAUCGAAGCGUUGGUCUAUUUCUUCAAUAUGUUUUUCUCUACGUUUUAUCAUGCAUGUGAUCAAGAUAUUAAUAAAUAA